ACACAUCGCGCCUGGCGGGGGCAGCGACUGUGCGGCCUGGAGGAGAGGCCCGGCGGCAAGAUGGCGGGCAGCCGGCUGGAGAAACUGGGCAGCGUCUUCACCAGGGUCCGGGACCUGUUUCGUUCUGGUGUGCUGAAUGAAUCUCAGAAGCCCUGUUGGUAUGAUGUAUAUGCUGCAUUCCCACCGACACGUGAACCUGUCUACCGGAAACCAAAGCAAAGAUUUACAAGGUCCCGUGAUCCGGUUCAGGAGAUCUUCUAUAAGGAAGACAUGAUUCGAGCGAAGUUCUACGAGGUGUAUGGAAAUGGGCCCAGAGCAUUUGACCUUGCACGAUCACAUUUCAUCUCCACAUGCCAGAGAUUUGUGGAGAAGUACCGGGAUUUGGAGGAACAAGGUGAAGUCGACGAGGAGAAGCUCUUCGAUGAGACCAGCAAGGCCCUCCUGGCAGAUGGGAUUAUUUUACGGAGGAGGGCCAGAGCCAGGGUUUUGCCGAGCGAUGCUCUCCAGGAGGCGGUGGUGCGGAGCCCGGUGUUGGACUUCAAGUUGCAGGACAUGCUGAAGGAUAUGCAGGAGGAAGUAGUGGAGGAGGGGAAGGAGGCCGGUCUGCAGCCACAGGCCCAGAGCCAGCCACAGUGAGCAGAGCAUGUGCAUCAUUUCCACCCGCACUGGACAGACUGGCGACCUCCAGGGGGCUGAACCUGGAGCACUGAAGCAACCCGCCAGGAUAACUCCUGCGUGUCAUCAGACAUUCAAGGGGUGGAAUCUGACUGUAAGUGCCUUGGGCACACGGGGCCCAGUGCCUUCAGCCACCUUCCUGAAACACAAUGCAAAAAUCAUCUGUGGAGGCAGAAGGACGGAGCACCAUUCCGAUGAUGAAGUUCCCAAUCUUAUAUGAUAACCUGACAGACAAAUUACAAGAAGCGGCAGUGUUAGAGUUGCUGCCUCACAGCGCCAGAGUCCCGGGUUCCAUCCUGACCACGGGACGCUGUCUGUACGGAGUUUGUACGUUCUUCACGCGACCGCGUGGGUUUCCUCCGGGAAGCUCCGGUUUCCUCCCACCCUCUAAAGACGUACAGGUUUGUAGGUUAAUUUGCUUUGGUAUCAUUGGCUUGGUGUACGUGUAAAAUUGUACCUGGUGUGCAGGAUAGUGUUAGUGUGCGGUGAUCGCAGGUCGGCGCGGACUCGUUGGGCCGAAGGGCCUGUUUCCGCGCUGUAUCUCUAAACUAAACUAAAAUAAAACAAAACCAUUUCCCUGCCUCCACAGAUGCUGCCUGAGUGGCUGAGUUCCUCCAGCGGCUUGCUUUGUGUUGGCUCCAGAUUCCAGCAUCUGCAGCCACUUGUGUUUCCUGAAAUAUGAUCUAAUAUUGAAAUAAAAUCAUGAAGUUAA